AUGGCUCCAAAGUCGGCCGAGAACACUUUAUUAUUGUUCGGCCCUCAACUUGCACGUCUGGUACCAAGUCGUCUCAUAGAACUACGAAGGACGGUUCUAGAGGAUCCUAAUCUCGAAUUUCUUAUCGAGAUUAUCAAGGGGCUACCUUCCCUGUGGGCCGAUAUAAUUCAGCCAGCCGUCCCCCGUCUGGGGUCUCAUACGAACGCCAAAGACAAACUGAGACAGAUUGCGACAUUUUUUGAAAAUGAGGACGAGGAGGCACCCCGACUGGCGCCCCCUUACAACUUACUUCUUGCCCCCUUAACAGUCAUUUCCCAGAUUGCUGAGUACAUCCAUCACGGUCACCAGGGAACCGUCCAAGGAUUUUGUAUCGGAUUUCUAUCCGCUGCUGCUGUGGCAAGCGCGCGGAAUAAGGACGAACUGGAGAAAUUGACGGCUACCGCUAUUCGGUUGGCUGUUGUUAUUGGAGGUAUCGUCGACUUUGAUGAGCAGGAACGUUCAGACGGACAUACCACACUUGAACAUAGCUCUACAUGGUCUGUCCGCUGGACAUCGGCCCUUGAAAAAGAGCAUUUGGAAAAGACGCUGGCGUCUUUUACUGAGGCGUACGUGUCGUGUAUCACGGAUGUGGAUAGAGUGACGAUUACAAUAUCGGAGAGCCAUUUUAUCGGCUUUUCUAGGCAACUAGCUGAUGGCGGACUAUCUGCCCAGCCCAUCGGCUUAUGUGGCAGAUACCACACAACAAAGCCGGACCGAGGAGAGCUAGUGCAGCAGGCGAAGACAUUAUGCCAGCAAAAUCAGCAGUUCCAGUUCCCUGCGGCCGAGCAGUUGAUUUCACCCCUGAGAUCUACCUCGGAUACUGAAGUUAUUACGAGCGGGGUGCUUCAUGAAAUCGCUCUGAACUGCAUAUUAGUUGACGUAUGCAAGUGGUAUGAUACGGUUCAAGCAGCUCUGGACGCGUGGGACGGGCAGUCGGUGAACGUGAUUCCCAUCGGUAACAGUUCUGGGGCCAUUCCUCGGUCUUUGAAAUCGGUAACGACCGUGGUAGAUGAUUUCCUUACCCCGUCUUCGCGGACAUCCACCCCACCUUUCACUACCAUGCCGAACAGCAACUUGACGACCGGACAAACCACGCCGUGUAGCCUAGCCCCACCUCCAGUCACGGCGACCACGCAGCCCAUCGCCGUAAUUGGCAUGGCAUGUCGAUAUGCCCAAGCUGAUUCCCUCGAAGAGUUUUGGUCCUUGAUCAACUCGGGCAAAAAUGCGACCACCCCUGUGCCUGAAAAUCGCUUCAAGUCUUCAGAAUUAUGGCGUACGCCCAAGGGUCCUUUCUUCGGCAACUUCAUUAAGGACCAUGAUGCAUUUGACCAUCGUUUCUUCGGCAUGUCCGCCCGCGAGGCCGCAUCCAUGGACCCGCAGCAGAGACUCCUGCUCCAAGUAUCCUAUGAGGCUAUGGAAUCAGCCGGAUACCCAGACGGGGCGGAGUCGCCGAACCGCCCGAUAGGUUGCUAUGUAGGCGCUGGCUACGUUGAGUACGAGGACAACAUCGCGUCGGAGCACGCCAAUGCCUUUUCGGCCUGCGGAGCUAUUCGGGCCUUUAUUAGCGGGAGGGUCAGUCACUACUUCGGUUGGACUGGUCCUUCGGUCGUAUUCGAUACCGCGUGCUCUUCAUCUGCUGUGGCCAUUCACAAUGCUUGUAAGGCUCUGCAGACGAAUGACUGCUCCAUCGCCAUUGCGGCAGGUGUAAACGUGAUCACGAGUCCUACUUUCUACCAAAACUUGGCUGCUGCUUCUUUCCUUAGCCCGACUGGCUGUUCCAAGGCUUUCGAUGCUACAGGGAAUGGAUACUGUCGAGGUGAGGGAGCUGGUGUGCUAGUCUUGAAACCGCUAGCUCAGGCCAUAGCCGACAAUGACCGCAUCCUCGGCACUAUUGCGGGAACGGCUGUCAAUCAGAACUCCAGUUGCAGUCCAAUCACGGUUCCGGAUUCGAACUCCCAGAGCGAUCUAUACCUCCAAGCUUUAGCCGGUGGUGGCAUUUCGCCUUCGGAGGUCUCCUACGUGGAGGCUCACGGGACGGGUACACCUGUGGGCGAUCCCAUUGAAUGCGCUAGCAUUCGCACUGCAUUCGGUGACCCUCACCGGGCACAAGAGCUGGUAAUUGGUUCAGUCAAGGACGUGAUCGGUCAUACUGAGGCCUCCUCGGGCGUGGCUGGAGUUAUCAAGACUCUUCUUAUGCUCCAACAUGGCUCUAUUCCCAAGCAGCCUAAUUUUACUCGCCUCAACCCUAAGAUUCCCGCCUUGGAGCCCGAUAGAUUAGCUAUUGCCGACAGAGCUCGCCAGUGGCAAACCACUACAAAACGCGCAGCCUUAAUCAACAACUAUGGUGCGGCUGGGAGCAAUGCCGCUAUCGUAGUCCAGGAAUAUCGCUCGUCCUCAACGGAGCAAGAUGUCAUCAGCAAGUUACCAGAGAGUAGUAACAUCGAGUACCCGAUUCUUCUAUCAGCCAAGACACCGGAGAGCUUACGUGCGUAUAGCGCCGCUCUGAAAUCAUUCCUAGAUCGAAAUGACUCAAUCACACUCGGCGACGUCGCGUACAACUUGGCGCGAAAGCAAAACAAGACCCUCGAGUAUACGUCGACGUGGACCACUACAAGCCUGUCUGCAUUCAAGGCAGAUCUAGACGCUAUUACGUCUGGUGCCCGUACCUUGUCCCAGAGAAAGGUCGACAAGAAGAAGACAUCUGCGGUGCAAUGGCCGGCGCCGAUUGUCCUUUGCUUCGGCGGCCAGACGGGUCGUAGCAUCUACCUCUCGCGAGAUCUUUUCAACAGCUCGUCUCUGCUGAGAGCCCACCUUGAGAACUGUGAUGAAGCGAGUCGCUCUCUAGGGUUGCCGUCGUUCUUCCCACGUAUCUUCGACCCGGCUCCUGUCGAUGACCUAGUCUUGCUGCAUGCUAUGUUAUUCUCCGUGCAAUAUGCAAGUGCUAAGACUUGGAUUGAUGCUGGGCUACAAGUUAGCGCUUUGAUAGGGCAUAGCUUUGGUCAGCUAACAGCUCUUGCUGUGUCUGGCAGUCUUGACCUAACGGAUGGCCUUCGGCUAGUUACAGGACGCGCUCAGCUAAUGCAGAAGCUUUGGGGUGCGGAUCCCGGGGUCAUGCUUGCGAUUGAAGGAGACAAAGACCGUCUUGAUACCAUACUGCAGACUGUUGCCGAAGCUAAUACUCUUGACGUGGCAUGCUAUAACGGCCCGCGCAACAUUGUCCUUGCCGGAGAAGCGGCAGCGGUGGACUCUUUCGAGCAGACCUGCAAGGCCUCGCCGGGUCUCAAGACAGUCAAGCUAGCUAAUAGUCAUGCGUAUCACUCUCGCCUCGCCGACCCAAUCUUGGACGGCCUGGAGGAUUUGGCCGGAUCUCUCGUCUGGCGAAAGCCGUCGAUUCCGGUAGAGACAUGUUCUCGCAGUCAGAGUUGGACCAGCAUCGAUCCUGCCAAGAUUGCCGAGCACACACGCGAAACCGUGUAUUUCGCAAAAGCCGUGCAGAGAAUCGCUAAUCGAUAUCCUUCAUCUGUCUGGCUCGAGGCCGGAUCCAUGUCCCCGAUCACUGGUAUGGUACGCCGCGCUGUGCCAGCAAACAGAGAAGACGUCUUCCUAUCAAUGGACUUAGGUCGUGGCAACCCCUGGACUAGUCUCUCCAAGGCUUCAACUGGUCUCUGGGCGGCUGGUUCCACGGUAGAUUUCUGGGCCUUCCAUGGCACUGAUGGAGAUCGAUACAAGUGGUUGGACCUCCCUCCUUACCAGUUUGCGAAGACGAAGCACUGGAUACAAUACCAACCUCAUCGACCCCAAUCUUUAAUCGAGACUCCGGCACCAGUCACAGCAGGACCACCAGAGCUAUUACAACGACUUGGAGAUGCUGACGGAGAGACCAUAUUCGCCGUUGAUCCUUCUCAUGAGAUCUUCGAAUUAAGUGUCAAGGGCCACGCUGUGGUUGGCCAGAGCCUAACUCCAGCAGGCUUAUACUUCGAGCUAGCCAUACGAGCGGCACAGGCACUUCAAGAUGCCGGAGAAAAGAGUUCGAAGGUGCCUCAUAUCGAGAACAUGCGCAUCCUAUCGCCACUCGGGCUGAAACCCAACGGAGUCCUUCGUAUUAGCUUCAAGCGGGGCGCCAAUAACGAGAGCGGUAGCCCAAAGUGGUCUUUCACUUUCUUCUCUACGCCCGCCGACGUCGUAAACCCGCCACCUACCUCCAAACGUACCAACCACGCACAAGGUACCGUGACUCUCCUCGCGGCAGAUGCGGCAACUUCCCGCUUCCAAUUCGUUAAACGUCUGCUUGGGCGAUCGCGGUACGACCAGAUUGCUUCGAACCCUGGUGCAAACCGACUAGCCGGAGAUGUUCUGUACAAGAUCUUUGCUCGAGUCGUCAAUUACGCGCCGUAUUAUAAGGGUGUCCGCAACACCGUCGCCUAUGACGGAGAAGUCGUAGGUGACGUGGUUAUGCCUUCCGGAAAAGAAGCAGAACGUCUUGGGGAUAGCAUAUCAGACCCUCUGGCUAUUGAUAACUUCUUACAGAUCGCGGGUAUCCAUGUGAACUGCUUAUUGGAGGGUAGUGACGACGAAGUCUCCGUGUGCAAUGCUAUCGGAGAGGUCCUAUGGAGCGACGCGUUCUUGCAGUCGAAUAGCCAAGAUAAGCCUUCCGCGCGGACAUGGAGACUGUACUCGAAUAUGGAACCCAAGGGAAAGAACACGCUCGUCAACGAUGUCUUCGUCCUGGACGCCGCUACUGGGGCUGUUGUUGUAGCCUUGCUAGGAGCGGAAUUCACCACAGUGCCUCUUGCUUCCCUUCGCAGGGUCUUGUCAAAGAUCAAUGAGAACUCGGCUACACCUGCGCCAUCAAAGGCUUCCUCUUCGCCGCUAGCAACGAACGGUGUCUUCACAAAUGGGAACUCAACGCCAGCUGCGAAGGCCCUGCCUAAUGGAACCUCGCAAAACCACGCUGUCGUAGAACCUUCACCGCCAGUCGAGCCUGCACCUGCUGCCGCUUCUUCUUCCGCCGCUUCCGCGGUCGAUUUGUCCGUCCGAACGAUGCUAAGCGAGAUCUUCGGAAUGAGCGUCGAUGAAGUACAACUCGAUUCGGACCUCGCGGACUUGGGUGUAGAUUCGUUGAUGAUCACUGAGAUUUCUGGCGAGAUUCAGAAGCGAUUCGAUGUCACUUUAUCAAUCGAUGACAUGCAAGACUUGACGGAUGUUCAGUCAUUGACCAAACUAUUAGGCGGUGGUGCAUCAGCUCCUGCUCCGGUUCCUUCUACAGCUCCGGCACAGAAUGAAUCGACUACCGUAAAUGGAACGACAAACGGGCAUAAAGAGGAAGAGCCAGAGGUUGAAGAUGGAGGUGUCGCAGCUGUCAGUAGUGACUGGCUUUCCAGCAACCGCAGCUCGUUCGACGUGGAUAUCCAAAAAUACGGGUUCGGUCAAUUCCGCCAAAACGUCUACCCGCUACAGUCAGAGCUCGUAAUCGCAUAUACUGUCGAAGCCCUAGCAAGCAUAGGUUGUGAUCUCCGGACGCUCAACUCUGGCGACCGUCUGCCUGAGCCUGUGUAUGAGCACAAACACAACAAGUUAAUCGCGCAAAUGUACCAAAUUCUCGAAGAUGGCGGCCUGAUAGCGGGGAGUGGCGCCAGCGCCACGCGAACGGGCCUCUCUGUGCCCCAGGCUUCGGCUACGGACCUCCAUGAUGCCAUCGUGCAGAAAUUCCCCCAACACGCAGGAGAACACAAACUCCUGCGCACGACAGGCGCUCGCCUAGCCGACUGCCUUAAGGGCCAGGCCGACCCUUUGGCCCUUAUGUUUGGAAAUGCUGAAGCCAGACAAUUGACAGAAGAUGUUUAUACCAACGGCCCCAUGUUCCGGGCCGCGACAUCGUACCUUGCUCGUUUCUUGGUCGAUGUUUGCGAGCGGUUCCAGGGUAAACGUGAGAUCCGAAUUUUGGAGCUUGGCGCUGGAACGGGCGGGACAACGAAGCAUCUAAUUGAACAACUUAACAACAGCGCUGCCGGACAGAAGAUUCGGUAUACCUUCUCCGAUGUCUCGAAAUCGCUGGUCGCUGCAGCGAAGAGAAAAUUCGCUAAAUACCCAUUUAUGGAAUACGGUAUUGUGGAUAUUGAGAAAGAGCCGGCCGCGGACGUCCAGGGACGGUUCGAUGUGAUCAUUUCCACUAACUGCAUCCAUGCAACUCCAAGUCUUGUCCGGUCUUGCACUAACAUCGGAAAAAUGUUGCGCAAAGAUGGACAGGUUUGCCUCGUAGAGCACACGCAAAACCUGUAUUGGUUCGAUCUCGUCUGGGGAUUAGUUGAGGGAUGGUGGUUAUUCGACGAUGGUCGCAAACAUGCACUUGCUUCCGAGUUAAGGUGGAAGAAGGACCUUGAAACAUCAGGCUUCCAAUGGGUCGACUGGUCGGACGGAGCAAGCGAGGAAGCUAAGAUUCUGCGUGUGAUCGUUGCAUCGCCAACAUCUCAGCUUUCAUCUCCCCCAAUCAACACUCCGACUCUUGAAAUAGCUUCUCCUCUUGAGACAGAGGAGACAGUAGUCUUCAAGCAGGUCGGUUCUCUGCCACUCCAGGCCGACAUAUUCUACCCAUCAACAUCGCAAACCGGCAGCAAAGCACGACCUAUCGCUUUGAUGGUCCACGGUGGAGGCCACAUAAUGCUUUCCCGAAAAGACGUCCGCCCAAAACAGACCCAAACCCUCCUAGACGCAGGAUUCCUACCUAUCAGCGUCGACUACCGCCUCUGCCCCGAGACCACUCUCCUAGAAGGCCCCAUAACAGAUGUCCGAGACGCCCUAAACUGGGCCCGCAGCACCCUCCCAUCCCUCUCUCUCAAACGCCCUGAUGUGCGCAUCACAGGCGAACACGUCGUCGCCGUCGGAUGGUCAACAGGCGGCACCCUCGCCCUAAGUCUAGGCUGGACAGCCCCAUCCGCAGGUCUGCAACCCCCAGACGCUAUCCUCGCCUUCUACUGCCCAACAGACUACGAAGACGCUUGCUGGUCGCGCGAAAACAAACCCUACGGUGACGCCGCCCUCACAGCCGAAGCUUAUAACAUAUGGGAAGGAGUAUCGGAUUCCCCUAUCGUAGCAUACAACCCGCCGACGGGGACGCGCGCGGCAGGUGGCUGGAUGGCGAAGAACGACGCGCGCUCGCGGAUCGUGCUGCAUAUGAACUGGCAUGGGCAGACCGUUCCCGUGCUCGUCCAAGGACUGAAGAAGUCUACCGCCGCGACGGAAACCGGGGUGCCGAAGCUCCCUGCGCCCACGACGGAGCAAGUGCAGGCCAUUAGCCCUCUAGCGCAGAUCCGAGCAGGCGCUUACAAGACGCCGACGUUCUUAGUCCAUCCUUACGAAGACGACUUGAUCCCGUGGCAACAGGCGCAGCGGACGGCGGAUGAGUUACGACGCGGAGGCGUGGACGUCGAGUUGAGGCUUAUUGGGAAUGCAGCGCAUUUGUUUGAUAUGUAUCGUAGCCAUGAGGCGAAUGUUGAGGCGGUUAGGGCGGUUGGGGAUGGUCUUUUGAUAUCUCCAGCAACUUCGAGCCGCAUCGCCAACAUCGCCGUCGAAUUCAACAUCGACAUCUUCAACAUGAAGGGAAACUCCCUAGCAAUCGCCGCGGCGCUUGCCGCACCCACCCAGGCGUACCUCCGCUUCGGAUGUGCGACCUUGAGCGUUCAGCGUCUCGACCCUCUUGUCGAGCCAGGCGUCGUCCCCUCGGCCCAUCUCCACCAGAUCAUCGGUGGAAACGGCUUCAACGCGACCAUGGACCCUACCGAGGAUGUCAGCCAGAGGGCUACAUGCACGACCUGCACCUUCUCCGAGGAUCUUUCCAACUACUGGACCGCCGUUAUGUACUUCAAAGCCCGCAACGGAACUUACAAGCGAGUCGGUCAAUACCCGAACGCUCUCUUGGGUGAUAUCAAGGGCGGAAUGACCGUCUACUACAUCCAAGAAUCAUUCAACUCCAACGGAAACCAGAAGAUGACAGCCUUCAAGCCUGGUUUCCGAAUGACGGUCGGCACGCCCAACAGCAAGGACGGCACCAACCCCGGCCUUCGCUACACUUGUCUGCAGGACGUCAUGACUCGAUUCCCCGAGACAGCCGAGUUCCCCAAGCAGGCAUGCCCUGCCGGAAUUAUGGCUAUCCACCACUUCCCCGCAUGCUGGGACGGCAAGAACCUCGACAGCCCGAACCACCAAGACCACAUGUACAACACCAACAAAGGUGGCUUCGUCCCCGCUGGCGCAUGCCCCGCCUCGCACCCCGUCCGAGUACCGCAAGUUGCUCUUGAGACAAUGUGGGACACCCGCCCAUUCAACGACAAGUCGAUCUGGCCUGAGGAUGGAUCGCAGCCCUUCGUCUGGUCUUACGAGGACAGCGUCGGCUACGGCACACACGCUGACUACGUCUUCGGCUGGAAGGGCGAUGCGCUCCAGCGAGCCAUGGACUCCAAGUCCCUUCUUAGCAACGGCAUCACGACCCAGAGCGUCGCUCAGUCUAACCAGUGCACUCUCAAGAGCACUGUUGUAGAGGACAUUGACGGCUGGCUCACGAAGCUUCCGGGACGUCAAAUGGAUAUGUAA